ACCACACAAGGUCAAAGUUUACACGUGCAACGUCACGAUAGGAACACAGUUGGAACGUCAGCUUCCAAAGAAAACAUAAAUUUCUGCGUAAAAUGUGCUUGAUUUCACGUUUAAUUCAGCGGUUUUAAUUCAACAGGAUACAAUGCAGAUGCUUUGAAUGCAUAUCGAGCCGUACAGUAGUAGUUGGUCAUGUUUUAAACUUUGAGUUACGAGUUUGCAGCGGAGCUAGUGAACUAACGUUAGUUUGCGAGACAUGGAUCCGCUUGACAUAGUAAUGGACGAAGUGGCGUUGGAGGGACUGGACGGGGUUACCAUCCUCUCUCUGUGGAUUCGGUUGGAAAAGAGGAACCCCGUUUUCCCACGGAAUCUAGACCCGUGUACUAAAGAGUUCAUUUGGAAAUCCUUGGUCUCGAACCGCGAAGUCGACUUCUUCGAGCUGCCGCAAGAGAGAGCGGACGUCGUGCUCGUCGACCGAUUUGCAGACAUAGAUCCAGACACAGGGAUUCAGGAAGCAUCCCAUUGGGACAGAGUGGACUCCUACCCUGUCCAGAUCUUAUUGGAGGAUAAGAGUGGAAUCCAGGGCUCGUGUGUCUUCUUCAAGGAGAGGAGAAAUGUCACCCCAAUCAUCCGCACCACCAACCUGACGCCAUGUGUAACGUUAGAGGACGCCUUCAAAAGGUGGAGGAGGAAGCUGGUAAUGGUGGCCUCCCAGAGGUUAAGGUUCAGGGUGUUAAUAGGUGACGGAGGAGACCCGGACUUGAAGCUGACUGACCACUCAUACUGUAUCCUGGAGAGGGUGGGGAGGGCCCGCUGGCAGGGAGAGCUACAGAGAGACCUGCACUCCUGCUCAUUCAAGACGGACGCGAGGAAGAUGCACUACUUGAGGAAGUCUCUGACACAGAAUGAUCUGAUCACCAUGCAGUCUCAUGUCCUCAGACUGGCCAGCGGAGCACAGCAACACUCCAUACUGCUCCUGCUCAAACGCUUCCACGUAGACCGGCGUAGUAAGUAUGAUAUCCUGAUGGAGUUGACCUCUAACCUCCUGUCAGAGGCGCCCAACCACACAGCCUCCAUGAUCACACUACGAGACCAACUGAGUAUCAGUGAGAGGACCUUCAAGCGUAUGUAUCAGUACAUGCAAGCAGCCAAACUGGUCCAAGUGGUCAUUAAACCAGUUGAACACCUCAACCCGACAGUAGGCCCCUGUGAUACCAGGAGAGGCACCAAGGUGGUGGCUCGCUGUCUGAAGCUAAUCAAACCCUAUGUGAGGAAGGAGUUGGUCGAGGCUGAGGAUGAUGAUGAUAACGACGAUGAUGAUGGGGGAGGAGCAAAUAGGAAGACCGUCCCCACAGAGGGGCGGAUCAUGGAGAGAGACUUACUCUCACAGGCCUAUGGGAUCAUCGUGUCCUGCGGGACCAAGGGCAUCUCUCAGAGUGCGUUGCGUGCGAGGAUGUGCAUCGGCAAGCUGGAGUCUCGUAUGAUCUGCCGACUGCUGGAGAGGACAGACAUGAUCAAGGGUUUCAUGGAAGACGAGGGGCGUCAGAGGACCACUAAGUACCUCGGCCAUCUGCACGUCGACGAGUCCGAUCUGCUUCGACAUCUGGUGAAAGAGCAGGAGCGAUCAGACCGGCUUCGCACUGUAGGGGGAGGAGGGGAAGGAGAGGGGGCCCCCCAAACCCCAGCACAGGCCACCCUAAAAACACCAGCUACCACAAAGACUCGGCCUACACCAAAAACACCAUCGCUUCUGGAACCUCUGGGAAACACUGAGGAGAGGAGGAGAGAGAGAGGGACGAGGAAGACGAAGACUGGGAAGUCGAGAAGAAAGGGAAGAAGGGAGCGAAGAAGAAAAAUGCAAAACAAAAGAAAGUGGGCAAGAUGUGGAGCCAAUCAGGAGCCAGAGCUGGAAUCUUGGCUUAGCCCAGUUGAGGAGGAGGAGUCAAAAUUCGGUCCUGACGUUUCAUUGGACCAGACGGGGAGUAUGUUCGCAGGCAACAGCCAAGCGGAGGACAGCGUCACGGUCAUCGAGGACAUCCCCAGUCAGAAGGAGCACCACCGCCAGACGUACCGCCUGCUGAAGAGGAAGAACGUGAUUGUGGAAGCUGUUCAGAGCCUCAAGAUCAUAGAGGGCCUCUUCACGUGGAGUUUAUAG